AUGGUUGCCAAACCGAAGAAGGCACCAGCCGCCAGCGCAGCGAAGAAAACAAAAGCAGCAACAACAACAACAACAACAAAAAAAAAGACGAAGAAGAAAGAAGAAGAGGACGAGGAACAACCUCAACCAUCCCGAGUGGAUAAAGCGCAGAUACAAAAAGCAAUCGCCGCGUUGCGUUUGCAUUUGGACAAAGUAAAGCAAGAGAAAGAGAAAGAUCCUUUGUUUGAAGACGAAGGCGACGAUGCGUACAGCGUUCUCAUCUCUUUGCGAACGCAACCGGUUGGAAGCGCGAAGAGCAACGCGAAAAUGAAAGCCAUUCGCAUUCCACAUUCUAUGAUUAACUUAGAAACCGCAGAGUUGUGCUUGAUUGUAAAAGAUAACGACGGUAAAGGACACAAAGAGGCAAAAUUGAAGGUCGAGUCCAUGGGAGAGGACAAAGCGGGAAUAGCGAAAGUUUUAGGAGUGAGCAAGUUGCGAAACAACUACAAACCGCACGAGGCGAAGAGAAAGCUGUGCGAUUCGUACGAUUUAUUCUUAGCAGACGAGAGAGUGAUUCCAGUGUUACCUAAACUGCUCGGUAAGACGUUUUUCAAGAAGAAGCGACAACCGAUUCCGGUCGAUUUGACAAAGAAGGACUGGGCCAAGGAAAUUCGAAGCAAGACGUCGGCGACGUAUUUGAGUUUGAGUAGCGGGACGUGCGUUCGCGUGAAAACGGGUACAUCCGCGAUGAGCGUAGAAGACGUCGUGGAAAACACCGUCGUUGCCAUAGAAGGUGCGGUAAAACACAUCCCUCGACGAUGGGGCAACAUCCAGAGUAUUUUCGUCAAAUGUAACGAAACAGUCGCCCUGCCGUUGUAUCCUUAA